CUUUGGGUUUUGGUUUUUAAUUGAACAAAAAAGUUAAAAUAUGUUCAAUGUUUUUUUGAUAAAAACGACAGAAAUAAUUAUCCUACUAAUGACAAAUUACAUAAUUAAAAUAUUUACAAUAUGUUCAAUGUUUUGUUGAUUAUAAACCUUAGCCUAACCAUCGCUAGUUCAAGUUGUUACCUUAAUGUGAAAACACAAAGACCAUAUUUUUCAAAGGUUCAAGUGGUGAACUGAAUUAAACCAUAUUUCUGCCGCCGGGGAUAUGUUUAAUGAUUAUUGACAGCGUAAACAAGGAAAAUGAUGGAUAACAGAUGAGAUCAGGGAGUAAGAAUCUGGACCAUUAAUUAUAUUAAUUCGUCAUUUGGCACAGUUGCCAUGAGAAAAAUCACGAGCUCAACGUGUUGUAAUGAAAUAUAUAAAACCCCUUGAAAGAUUAAUGUUUGUGUGAUUGUGUGUAACCACUUCCACGACUAUUGUGUAAUAAUUAUAAUAAAAAACAUUAUAAAAUGUAGCUUUAUGCUGAGAAAAAAAGGAGAUGAUCAGGAUCAAAGCCGAGAGGAUUGACCAAAGAACCGGCCUGAUCAAAUGAAAUGCAUAGGCAAAUCCCGGAGUGUUUGACCAUAUCAAAAGGUCAACUCCUUCAAGUGGCUACCUUUUGGCUAUAAACAAAACACAAAGACCAUGAAUACAAGUCCCUCUAUAUAUCGGUUCUCUUACAAUACGACAAUCCAUAACUUUCAAACUCAAAAACAAAACCUCUCUAUCUCUAUCUCUCUGCAAAAAUAUGAAAAAAUCUCUAAUCAUUUCUUGUUUCCCAAUAAUCCGUAGACGCCAAGCAAUUGUCACGAUAGUUUUCUUUGAGUGCGGAUCCACCAAAACCCUACGCGACUCCAAGAAACAUGUUGCUGGAGAAAUCAUGUUUGAAUUUCCUGAUCAAAUCGUGUGCCAUGCAGAUUCAUUCUUCAUCGGCCGUCCGGUUCCAGCUCUAGCCAUGGACGACUAUCUCAUCCCAGGUCAAACCUAUUUCGUCUUACCAAUCGAACGUUUCGCCUAUAGAAUCUUAACCACUUCGUGUAUCUCCAUCUUCAACUCUAGUCUCGAUAAUGCUCCGUCGACUAAACCACCGCCAUUGAAUUUCACCGCCCCGUCGAGUCCGCCACCGUUCGAGUAUUCAAAGGGACUAAACGGGAAGAUUCUAAUAAAAGUUUCUCCUCAUUUUAUCCUGAGUCUUAUAUGCAAAAGGAGAAACGUCAGCGAAGACGAGGUAAUAAUAGAUUGUGCUGAAAGCAAAGACAUUUGUAAUUCUCCCGAGUUAAAGAAGCAUUAUGAUCAGCUUGUCGGAACGAGAGAGCAUGUAUGGUCGCCGAAGUUGCAGACGAUCUCUGAGCAUGAGAUUAGGGUUUCUCCACUAAGGUUCUUGGGGAUUGUUCGGAGGCAACAAGAAGUGAAUUGAUCAAGUCAUGAAACAUACUAUUAUUAUUUAGAUAUCUUUUGUAUAUGUUUAGUCAAAAUUGGAAAGAUAAAAAAAAAGGAAAAAAACAAAGUAUUAGAGUGGUUAGUUGGAUGUUUGGUUUGUAUUGUUUGGUUACAAGCUAGUCGUCAUGCAUGAACAAGUUGACAAUUUGCAUGUUUAUGUAGCAUUUCAAUGAAGUAUUUAAUCAGUUAAUUUGCGAGGUGCUCCAA